CGUCAUUUUCAUGCGCAAUGAAACUAGGGGCGUUGAACGUCCGCCAUAUUUGUUUUCACUUGGAAAAAUUCUUAAAACUGGGCCUUUCUAUACAUGAAAAAUCAACGCCAUCUGCAGUUUUUGGGAUUUAAUAUUUAUUAUUUGGUUUAAAAACAUACUAUUUAGCGUAAAUUUUAUAAUAUUUACGCCCCUGGUUGCAAAAGCCGGGGCAUAAAACUGUUUGUUUACACCUAUCUCCAAAGCGGAAGCGAAGGUAUUUUCUUAUAAAAGUAAAAUGGGUACUAAAGACGACGAAUAUGACUAUUUGUUCAAGGUUGUGUUGAUAGGUGACUCAGGUGUAGGUAAAUCUAACUUGUUGUCAAGAUUCACACGUAAUGAGUUCAAUCUAGAGAGCAAGAGUACUAUUGGUGUUGAGUUUGCUACAAGGAGUAUACAAGUGGAUGGGAAAACAAUAAAGGCUCAGAUAUGGGACACAGCUGGUCAGGAAAGAUAUAGAGCAAUCACAAGCGCUUACUACAGAGGAGCUGUUGGAGCUCUACUAGUAUAUGACAUUGCAAAGCACCUGACAUAUGAAAAUGUGGAGAGAUGGCUGAGGGAACUUAGAGACCAUGCUGACCAAAACAUUGUUAUCAUGCUUGUAGGGAAUAAGAGUGACUUGAGACAUUUGAGAGCAGUUCCAACGGAUGAGGCGAAAAACUUUGCUGAGAGAAACAACCUUUCAUUUAUUGAGACCUCAGCAUUAGAUUCUACAAAUGUUGAGUCUGCCUUUCAUAAUAUCCUUACAGAAAUCUAUAAGAUUGUAUCACAGAAACAGAUUAGAGAUUCACCAGAUGAUGACAAUUCCCCUAGCUCCAAUGUCCAGACCAUCACUAUAGAGAAAACAGUGAACCCUGCCCAAGGAAAGAAACAGUGCUGUUCUUAAUGACACUGUGCACCUUUAAGGAAAAGAUUCAUUUUCUUUUUUCCUGGUUUUGUCCCCCUUUUUUGUAGUAAGAUGGUUAGGGCUUUGAAAAUGCACCCAUUUUUUUAAUUUAUUUUAUACAAAAAAAAAUCAUUAAAACCUGGUAGUAUAUUGUACAAUUCACAACUACUCAUUUGUGACUAUAGUAUUUACUAUUUUUGGGAAAAGGGAUCAAUUCCUAUGGUAAACCUAAUUCGACGCAACAUGAUUUUAAUUAAAUUAUUUUAGAUAUUAAUUAUUUAAUCAAAGAUUCGUGUGUAUUUCAAUGUAUGAAGCAUUUAACUUUAGAGCUGCAGGGCAUACAGUUGUUCCAUUCCUUGGAUUUAAUCAUAUUUUUUUUUCUUAUUUAUUCCAUGUACACAAACAAAUUUACUGACUGCAGUUGCCCUGGUUUGCUUUAAGAGGGGUUCAAUUUGUGCAUUACAGCAUCCUAGAUGCAUCAGUAGUUGUUUUAGGAGGAGACGCUUGAUUUGAAUGUGCAUCGUUUUUGUUUCUGCAGUAAUUUUUAAAAAUCUAACUUAAAUAUAUGCCAGUGGAUGUAUUUCUUCUGCUGCAGCACAGGUUAAUAAUAUUAAAGUGAUUACAACCUAGAGUAGAUUUUUCUCAGAAGUCUUUUUUUUUUUAAGUUUUCACCAUUCUGAUUGUAUACUGCAUGCUUCGCUGUAUUUGCAAAACAACAGCAUGGAAUGAAUACGUAACCAUUUGUUGGUUUGCUGUAAUAAGUUGACUUCCUUUUUUUUUUUUCAAACCAAUGUCACCAGUCAUUAUGAAUCAUGAUUUGUAUCAUAAACAUCAUUUCUAGUGGUUCAUUGUUUGCUGGGUUCAAAUUGAAUGUUUUGAUGUAAAAACAAUAACAGUAUAAAAACAAAUGGAGAAGCAUGAGUGAUUUGCAAGGCUUUUUUCUCUGAGUAUCUGUAUGGGCUUCUUAAUUUAUAAGGAGCCAGCUUAGCAAUUUUUUUUUUAUGAAAGAAAAAUUAAAACAUGCUGGGUAUCUAAAAAUGUUGUUGGCGGUUUAUUAUUUUCAUUUAACCCUGUGAUAUAAAAGUCGUGUUUUUUUUUUCAACACCAUACUUAUAUUCCCUUGACGUGCCUGCACAGAAAUCUUGGGAUUGAACAAAUUAGUUGACUUUGGCUGCAGCUGUGGUAAAUUUUUCUUUUAAAGAAGUAGUUUGUAGAUAGUUGAAUCAAGAUGAAUUCCAUUUUUACAGAAUUAUUGCACAAUGUAGGUUAUUCAAGUGUUACAGUAAUAUAUUUUUUGCCGAAAUAAAAGUACUUUACGAUGUAAAUUGAGAAUUUAAGGAAAUUAAAUAUUUAAUUUAGAUUUGAAAAAAAAAUUGGUCUGAAAAGAGAUUUUCCUCCAUUAGUACAGCAUCUGUCUGUUUCUCUGUGGUCUGAUUGCAUUGUUUUGUACCUUGUAGGUUUUCUUUUUCAUUUAAUACCUGUCAUUCAUAUUGGGACCAAUACAGUAAAUACAUCUUUGAAUGUUUGAUUUGUGCAUGUUUUUGUUUUUCUAUUUCAACAUGCAGGCUUGGGUUUGUUAGUUUAAUUUUUUUUCCCCCCCUUGUGUAUGUAACAGUGUACUUAUCUUUCACAUUUUGAAAAGCUUUAGAUGGCAAUGUUUCUGGCUAGUGCACCUUGCCUCCUAACAAACCAAUGCAGAUUGUAGUUGCACGGAUUUGAAUGCACCUGGUGUAGACUUCACCUGAGUCACUGGUUCAACUGGUAGAGCUUGUUACGUGAUUGGUUUGGGCUUUAUUUAUCUUUGAGGAUGCUGAGAUUAAUUAUGUCCUUUUCUAGUAGCAUAUACUUAUUUAGAAGCUCACAAUAACAUUCAGUUGUCACCUUUGUACAAAAAAAAUUUAUACAUAUAUUAAAAAGGAAACUUCCCAAUAAACCAUAUUUAAAAAAUUUAAUUUGUUGCUUUUUUUUUUAACUAAACCAAGAUUGUUUUACAAAUAAUUUUUAUUUACCAAAAGGCAAAUAUUUUACAUGAAAUUCUGUUUAUAUGUGAUGCACAAAUUUGUAAACUGAAACAUUUUUCUACCUAGGUGAAUGUUUGCUAAUCUCCGAUAUUCUAUGCUAACUGCUGAGUCUUGAACUAACAACUUAGCAUGUUUGUAUAUCACCAGCCUGUUACCACCAGUUUCUUUGUGCUUUCAUGAAGAGAGAAAUAACAAACAAGUAGUCACCAUCGAAGUGAAGACUUGUUUCUAGCCGCUGUACGCCUUUUUGCUACCCAUUUGUUGAUGUGUGCACAUGCUUCUCUGUGUGCCUGCUUGUUUUGUUUUUAAAAAUGUCUAGCAUGUGUGUUUUUAAUCUUAGAGUUAUCUUUCUUGUUAAGGGUAUUUGUAAGGGAGGGUUUGAGGUGUUGGUAUUUUUUUUUGUUCUGUAAGGUUAUGCACUCUUUUAGCUAUUUCCUGAUUAAACAGGGUCCAGCUUAUCAACUUUUUUUUCUGUAUCUAUACAAGUUCGGUUAGUCUUGAUGAUUAUAAUGUUUAAAAAUAACUUGUGUAGACUCUCUAUUCUAACUUAUGUAUCCUGGAUAGCUGAACUAUUUUAUACCCGAUUGUAAUUUUUUUUUUUAUUUGUUAAGGAAGAUGUGUAUGCUUGUCAUUAACUUUAAAAGUAAAUAAACAAAUUGCAAACAAAAUGAAAUGCUUGUAUAGCUUCUGGUCAUGUUUUUUUAAAUUGUUUCUUUCUCUUGGCAUGAACAAAUCAAAUAUUGCACUGAGGCCUAUUUACUGUGAAAGAAUUUAACUGGGCUGCAUGAAACUCUGUACUUGGUAUAUUACAUUUAUUCAACAGUUCUCUUUCCUGCUUACAUUGUGUGCCAAUACUCCAAAAAUUGUUUUCUAGCACACAAAAUUUUUUUUUUUUCCUGAGCACAAAUCUUAUAUUAAAAUAUGUUGUAAAAUGACUAAUUUUAUCCAACCUAUACAAGAUUUUUGUAAAAAAAAAAUAUACCCAUCAAUACAAGAACAUCUCUAUAAAUAUAUGUACUUAGGUACAUCAUACAUUAUUAUUAAAUAUAUAGUCAUAUUUUAGCUGCUUUUAAAGUAGGCGAAUUACAACUACUAACUUGCUAACUAUAUUUAGAAUACUUGAGCUGCUUUAAGUUAAUGAAGGUAUGUCCCUGUACAGCUUUUUGUUUUUGAGAACUUAUAAAAAACAAAACAUAGCAACUACUGUGCACAAUCUUUACAUUUCAAUAUUUUUGGAUUUUUAAAAUGGCUGGUUUUGUUUGAUCUAUCCCCUGAUUCUAAAAUAGUCAAAAACAAAUACACAGAUAUUGGAAACUUUGAAAUGAAAAAUGUAUGAUUUAUGUAUGAUAUAGCCCAUUUGUUGAAUAGCUGCUCAAUUAAUACAUAAAUAAGCAAUUGUUUCUAAAUCAGUGUGAGAAAUUACUAUUACAGUUUUAUAAUGUACGAGCCGGCCCGCGGCAUAACAUAC